GAACCCCCGACCCCGGCCCCCACGCCGUCGCCGAUUCCCGGCCCUCUCGGUCCCGCGCUGCCCCCUUAAAAGCUGGGGCCAAGCACAGGAACGACAGGCGUUGCAGCCAAUGAUGUCGCUCACGGUGAACCUGACACCCAAUCAAAAGGCGCGGCUGCUAGGGAGCGGGUGGGAAGCACGCCUGACUCCAGGUGACUCCGGGCAGGGAGGGGAACGUGUCUCCGUCAGCUGAUCGAGUCCCGUGCAACCGGCGAGUUAUCGGGGACGAAGCUGCGGGAGCGCGCGGACAGUGGCCAGCCGCGGAAUAGUUGUGUGCUGCAGCCACGAAGGAGGGUGAUGGAAGGGCGUCAAGAGGCUGGGAAGGAGAACAAGCCCUCCUCCAUAUCAGUGGACCCGCAGGGAGACAGCUCCUUACAGGUGGAGAUCUCUGAUGCAGUGAGUGAGCGGGACAAGGUGAAAUUCACUGUUCAAACCAAGAGCUGCCUCCCUCACUUCGCCCAAACGGAAUUCUCCGUUGUGCGGCAGCACGAGGAGUUCAUCUGGCUCCACGAUGCCUACGUGGAAAAUGAGGACUACGCCGGCCUCAUUAUCCCCCCAGCCCCUCCAAGGCCAGACUUUGAGGCUUCGAGGGAAAAGCUGCAGAAGUUGGGCGAGGGGGACAGCUCCAUCACGCGGGAAGAGUUUGCCAAAAUGAAGCAGGAGCUGGAAGCGGAGUACCUGGCAAUCUUCAAGAAGACAGUUGCAAUGCAUGAGGUCUUUCUGCAACGCCUGGCGGCCCACCCCACCCUGCGUCGAGACCACAACUUCUUUGUCUUUUUGGAAUAUGGCCAGGAUCUCAGUGUCCGAGGAAAGAACAGGAAGGAGCUCCUUGGGGGAUUUCUGAGGAAUAUUGUGAAGUCUGCAGAUGAAGCCCUCAUCACCAGCAUGUCAGGGCUCAAGGAGGUGGAUGACUUCUUUGAGCAUGAGAGGACCUUCCUGCUGGAGUACCACACCCGGAUCCGGGAUGCCUGCCUGCGGGCAGACCGUGUCAUGCAGUCCCACAAGUGCCUGGCAGAUGAUUAUAUCCCUAUCUCUGCUGCACUGAGCAGUCUGGGAACACAGGAAGUCAACCAGCUAAAGACGAGCUUCUUCAAAUUGGCAGAACUCUUUGAACGACUAAGGAAGCUGGAAGGCCGAGUGGCCUCUGACGAGGACCUCAAGCUGUCAGACAUGCUGAGAUACUACAUGCGAGACUCACAGGCGGCCAAGGACCUGCUGUACCGGCGGCUGCGGGCACUGGCCGACUACGAGAACGCCAACAAGGCACUGGACAAGGCACGUACUAGGAACCGGGAGGUGCGGACCGCGGAGAGCAACCAGCAACUGUGCUGCCGACGCUUCGAACGCCUCUCUGACUCAGCCAAGCAGGAGCUCAUGGAUUUCAAGUCCCGCCGUGUGUCCUCCUUCCGCAAGAACCUCAUCGAGUUGGCAGAGCUGGAGCUCAAACACGCUAAGGCCAGCACCCUCCUUCUCCGGAACACCCUUGUCGCGCUCAAGGGGGAGCCUUAGAGCAGCCACAGCCUGCUCUGGGGACUUUUAGUGGCAAGAGCCCCCCCCCCCAAACAAGAUGCCACCCCCACAGCAGCCACUAGCCAGGCCCCAUGACCUCCCAGGGUAAGGGCAAGCCCAAGCCCUACUCCCACCCAAAGGUGUCAGGUCCUACAAAAGGAAGAUAGGGCAGCAUGAGUACCAUCCUUGGUCACAGGUAAGCAGAACCCCAGCUUUGGGGAGGCCUGGGACCCGGACCUCCCUCCUCUCCUGGGGACCAAGGGGCAGCCCCCACACCUUGUCCCCCAUCCCACCCCCAGAGUUCAUUUGUCCCCAUCCUGUUCACAAAUAAAGAACUUGGUUCUUGCUACAA